AUGUCAGAUGAUGAGGCCGACCCAGAACUGCUGACUCUUCUCCGUCAAUCCCUCGGUCUCGGUCCCGACUCGUCCACUGCUCCUUCAUCUACAGAAGUCCUAAAGUCGGCGGAAUACGUGUAUGACAAUGCUAUCGACGUUGCAAUCUCGUCAUCAGGCACCAAAUCCGCUGCAGAGACAAUAUGGCGCCUUAUGCAGAAGCAGGACUACUCUACGGAGACAUGGUCGUCGCACGAGCUUCAUCCGCAGACCAAAGAUGAAGGCACUGUCAAUUUCAUCUUCACCAUGAAUCUGCUCAAUUUUUCCUUCUGGUCGGAACUGUCGCCUGAAGAAAGAUUUACAGUGGAGUACAAAGGUCGUCGUUGGACGGGAUAUUGGUCUCUCGUAGCCGCUCUGCGGAGGGCACUUGAUGAAGGCUAUCCGAUCACCACUCCUGACUUCUGGCAAGACCUCGAUGCCUGUCCCGACAGUGUACUCGAACAUAUCUUCCGGUCCGCCACAUCGGAGCCGAUUCCCCUGCAGCAGCAACGUAUCUCUAUCCUCCGUGAGGCCGGUACGAUUCUCUACCACCAUUUCGGCUGUAAGCCCUCCAACCUGGUCGCGCGAGCAAACCACUCAGCUGCAGCGCUCGUGAAUCUUGUGGUCGAAUACUUCCCUAAUUUCCGGGAUUCGACUGAUUUCCACGGGCAGGAAAUCCGGCUGUACAAACGCGCACAGAUUCUCGUAGCAGACCUGUGGGCUUGCUUUAACGGCACAUCCUAUGGAGCGUUUGACGAUAUCGGCUCACUCACCAUGUUCGCCGACUACCGCAUCCCGCAGAUGCUUCGCAGCCUAAAUUGUCUCCUUUACUCGCCACGACUGGAAUCGCGGAUUGCACGCCUCGAGCAGCUUGAGUCUGGCGAAGACUUGGAGAUCGAGAUCCGUGGUUGCAGCAUAUGGUGUGUCGAAUUGAUCAGACGUGAAAUAGAACGGAAGCACCCCGAAGCCACAGGAAAAGUCAACGCUGUACUGAUUGAUUACUUCCUCUACGAUACAUGCAAGGAGCUGGAGACUAGCGGUGAGGUCGAGGAUAUGCUGCCACAUCAUCGGACCAGAUCCAUUUUCUACUAG